AUGGAAAUGCUGAACCAGACCUCUACUAACUUCACCAAUUCCUCAGCCACAGGACCUCCAACUUCAUUCUUAUGGGCCUCCAAAGAUCUUGCUCCUGCAGUGCUGCUGUCCCUGUGCUUCCUUGUGGGAUUCCCUGGAAAUAUAGCAGUUUUAAUUCUCAGACCAAACUGGCAGCAGCUCUCCAGACUGACCCAGUGUCUGAUGAUGAACCUGGCUUUGUCCGACUUGCUGUGCUUGGUCACUCUGCCGGUUUGGAUCUACGCUCUUCUGUAUAUUUGGCCACUGGGUGAUGUCGCAUGUAAGAUUAUAGCCUUUAUUGUAUAUUGUAGCCUCUACAGCUGCCUGAUGACCAUAACUGCUCUGAGUGUCCAGCGCUAUAUGCAGGUUGCGCACCAACAGAGAUGUCUCCAGUUCAGGAAGAGACUCCUUGCCCUGUUGUGGCUCAUGUCAAUGGUCCUCUCCAUUCCGGCUUUAGUGUUUCGAAAGACCAUCAAAAACCAAGAGAGGAUUAGCUGUCUCCAGAAGUACACUUCUUCAGCACAGGAAGUAGCUGUAUUGCUCACUGAGUGCGUUGUUGGUUUCACCUCAUUAAUCAUUACUACUUGUUCAUAUAUUUUUCUGAACAGAAGGUUACAGCAGGCAGUAUUUUUUAAUGAUACUUACACGAUAAAACUUGUCACCACUAUCAUAUUGACAUUUUUUAUACUGUGGACACCCUAUUUAACUUUUAAUAUUGUGAUUGUUGGAGGCAUUUUGACUAACAACCUGACAAUUGCUAAGUUUUAUGAUCUUGCCUUUGUUUUUGGAUCUGUAACUUUUAUUAACAGUGGUAUAAAUCCACUCCUCUACGCUUUCGCUCUUGUAUGUUGCAAGAGCAAUGGUAGUCAGUAG